GGUGGGGAGGAAGGGAGGGUGAGAGAAGUGGGAGAAGUUUAUAUCGCUUUACAGAAAUGUCAUCCUCCCAUUUGUCUGGAGGAAAAGUGAAUAUUUCUCGAGUUCAAGAACAUGCUAGGAAACACAUCUUUGCCCUUCUAGACAAUAUCGAUGGCACUAAGAAUAUUGUUUUUGAUGCGGCACUGGGGUCUGUUAUGGCCCUUAUUGCCCCCAAGGCAAUGUUCAAAGAGCACAACACGAAGAGCAUAUUUCAUCUGCAUAGUGGAACGCUCCCCCAAAGCCAUGCAAAUCAUCUCAUAUUUAUUAUCCGCCCUCAACUCUCCCUCAUAGAUCUUGUGGCAGAAAAUGUUCGCAAUGAAGUGAAACGUGGUUCUCUGACGGAUUUCCACUUAUUCUUCAUUCCAAGGAUAACAUUUUUGUGCGAAAAGAGGCUUGAGGAUCGAGGUGUGCUGGGGAGCUUUCGGAACAAUAUUCAAGAACUGCCACUGCAUCUCUUUCCUUUCGACAAUGAUCUGAUGUCUAUGGAGAUUGGCUCAACUUUUAAGGAAUUUCAUCUAGAAAAUGACCCAACUUCUUUACAUCAGACUGCCCAAGGCUUGCUUAUGCUUCAAUCACUGUUUGGUGUAAUUCCAAGAGUGACAGGAAUCGGCCCUGCGUCACUAAAAGUUUCGGAAUUUAUGAAACGACUUGCUCAGGAGCAGAAUGAUGCUAACAUUCCCCCAUCACAAAUAGAUCAAUUGAUUUUGCUGGAUCGAUGUGUUGACUUGCUCACACCUCUUGCUACUCAACUGACAUAUGAGGGGCUAAUUGAUGAGCUAUUUGGUAUACGAAAUACUACCUUGAGAUUACCAGCAGAGCAUUUUGUCUCAUCAAAUGAAGCUUCACCUUCUUAUACCAGUGCAGAUACCAAAGAUAUUAUUUUAAACUCUGGAGAAGAGCUUUUUGCUGAAAUAAGAGAUAAAAAUUUUAAUGCUGUCGGCUUAGCCUUGAGAAAGAAAGCAAACCAAAUCUCAAUGCAAUUUGGAGAAAGACAUGGUGAUAAAACUGUUCAGGAAAUGAAGUUGUUUGUAUCAAGACUGCCAUAUAUGAUGGCCAACAAACAAUCCCUCGCUAACCAUACAACAAUUGCUGAACUUGUCCAAAAGGGGACGGACUCUAAUCAAUUUUUAGAGGCUUUGGAAACAGAGCAGGAGCUUAUGAAUGUCAUUGACACUGACAAAGCUCAUCCAUUUAUAGAAGAUUGCAUAGCCCGCAAAGAACCAUUCACUAAGGUCCUGAGGCUGGUCUGCAUGCAAGCUCUAACAAACAGCGGGUUACGCCCAAAAGUUUUGGAGUAUUACAAAAGGGAAAUUCUUCAGACUUACGGUUUUCAACAUGCCCUAACACUUUGUAAUUUGGAACAGGCUGGACUUUUACGUGUACAGCAAAACCAACGGCAGUACACAGUGCUAAGAAAGGCUUUACGCCUAACUGUUGUUGACAACAGCGAGGUGACUCCCACUGACAUAAGCUAUGUCCAUAGUGUGUAUGCCCCUCUUAGCAUCCGUCUAGUUCAACAUCUUGUACGACCCAAUGGACCGAGAGCAUUGCAAGAUGUCUUGGGCCUGUUACCAGGACCCGCAUUUGAUGACAUCCAGCCAUCUGUUUCUGGAACGUCAUUAUCACUACAGUCAUCAAGCGACAGUCCCAAGGUGGUUUUAGUGUUUUUCAUUGGAGGAUGCACUUUUGCAGAAAUCUCUGCUCUACGCUUCCUUUCACAACAAGAAGAUUCUGAUGCUAAUGUUGAAUUUGUCAUUGGAACUACAAAGUUAAUAAAUGGGAACACUUUCAUUGAGUCACUAUCAGAGAAUUUGGAUUCAUAGCCUCUAUGAAAUUGAACAAAUAAAUGCAAUUUAUAGUGCAAUUUUUUUUUCAGCCAGUAAAUUAUCAAACAUUA